AUGUCGAAGCCAGUCUCAUUCGGCUUUGGCAAAGCAAAGCCAGCCGUGUCGUCUCCGGCAUCUGGAACAAUUUCCCGCAAGCCCCCCGCGCUGUCAAAAGGCAGGCCCUCGCGAACCGCUCUCCGCCAUGAUUCAGACAACGAAGAUGAAGAAGAGCCAAGACACGAGUCAGUCUCUGGCUUCUCGUCAAGUGGUGCCAUUCUAAGUCAACCCCUACAGGAUUCAAAAGAGAAAGUGAUAGCGAAUGCCGGUAAUGUCGACUGGCGCAGACAUGGACGAAAGAAUUUACUCCCUGCGGAGGCUCAAGCACAACGGGAGAGCGGUGGUGGCGUUGUGGUGGUCGAACGAGAUGAGGUCAGCAAAGCUAGUGGGCUGCAGUUCGCGGACAAGAGCGAGCAAGGCAGGAGCCAGCAGACAAAUGGCGAACAACAGUCACAGCAGAACCAUACCGGUGAACAACUUAAGCAGCUGACAGCAGAUGAAGAAGCUUUACAGGCUCUUUUGGACAAUGGACCAGGCAAACCAAGAUCGAAUGCCGUCAUAACACUGCAGGGGAACAGACAGCUUUCGCCCCAGGAUGAGACACAAGAUUUCAGGGACGAUGUCGCUUCGAGGCCGGACUCGAGCACUCUAGAAGAGUACGCCGCCAUGCCGGUGGAGGAGUUUGGGAUGGCUAUGCUGAGAGGCAUGGGUCAAAAACGUCGCGCCAACGGAGAGAUUAUUGAGCUAACUCCGAAUGCUGAAGAAAACCCGCAAAAGUCCCGCAGGCAUGAAGGGUUUCUAGGAAUUGGAGCAAAAGCCGCACCUGGGUCGGACAUCGAGUUAGGCGCAUGGGGAAAGGCUGAUAUGCGGAAGAAUACCAGGGGACAGGGAUUCUUUACGCCAUUGAUGCGCGAGAACAAAGCCACAGGGGAACGUAUCUCGGAGGAGGAGUUCCAGAAAAGGUUGAAAGAGUCCCGAGGCACCCAGCAGGAGGAAGAUUGGAGGCAGCGCAGAGACCGCAAUCUGGAGAUCAGUGGACGAGAUCGGCAUCGAGAGAAAGACCCGCAUAGAAACGGGGACGAUGACUCCCGCGAGCAGAUUAAUCCAUUCUCUCGCUCCAGCUCGUCAAGACGGGAUCGAGAUGGUCAUGAAGAUUCUCGAUCCAAGAGGGACCGAGAUGACAGAGAUCAUGACAGCUCUCGAUCAAGACAUGAUGAAGGAAGGUCACGGGAUCGGAGAAAAGAUGAGGAUGAUGAUGAUGACUACGAUAGCCGUCAUCGAGCCAAGCAUCGAGACCGCCAUCGCGAUGAAGAUAGGUACGAUUCCAGUUCGUCCCACCGAAGUUACAGGGACCGGGAUAGGGAUAAAGACAGAGACCGAGACCGUGAGAGAGAUAGAUACAGGGAAAGAGAGAGCGAUCGCCGCCACUGGGACAGGUGA